AUGAGGAGCUACUCGGGAGCCAGUGCUCUCGCCGCCCUGACCGUCCUUCUCCUGCUGAUUUAUGCGUGCUCCGUGCGGGCCGGCGACCAAGAGAGGCAGAUCUGGUACGAGGCAGCGGCUCGCGCAAUCGAGACGCGAGUCAGAGCGGCGGCCACUUCAAGCGGCACGGGGUCAACACCACCCUCGGGUAUGGCGCGAGGCGUUGUUCUCUUCGUGGGCGACGGCAUGGGGAUGAGUACCCUCACGGCCGCCCGGAUCCUCUCGGGACAGCGCCAAGGAAACGCCGGCGAAGAAGCGCGCCUCGCCUGGGACGACUUCCCUGCUGUUGCUCUCGCAAGGACGUACAAUAUGGACGCUCAAGUAGGAGAGUCAUCCGCUUGUGCAACAGCUUUGCUAUGUGGUGUCAAAGCAAAUUACGAAACCGUUGGACUGGAUUCGUCGGCUCGUUUCGAAAAUUGUCACUCCAGCUUCAAUGCCAAGGUGCCAUCACUCAUUAAAUGGGCCCAGCAACAAGGGAAGUCCACGGGGUUGGUCACCACCACCCGGGUUACGCAUGCGACGCCUGCAGCUCUUUACGCACAUGCGUCCAGCAGGUACUGGGAAGACGACGGGAAAGUGCCUCCUGCCGCCAGGACCUCCUGCAAGGACAUUGCCAGGCAGCUCCUAGAGGACGAGCCUGGCCGCAACAUAAACGUCAUUCUGGGUGGAGGAAGGAGACAUUUCGUUCCAAAAGUAACGACGGAUCCAGAAGAACCAGAAAAAGAUGGCAGAAGAUUGGAUGGUCGAAAUUUGAUCGAUGAAUGGUCGCGAAAUCGUCGCCUCCGUAACGUCGCUGCAGAAUACGUGACCAAUAAAGAACAAUUCGAGAAAGUCGACCCGCGGAAAGUUAACCAUUUACUAGGCUUAUUUUCUUAUUCACAUAUGGACUUCGACGUUGACAGGAAUGCAAAUGGGAGCGGUGAUCCAUCCCUUGCCGAGAUGACGGUCAAGGCUUUGCAAAUUCUGUCGAAAAAUCCCGAGGGAUACUUUCUAUUCGUUGAAGGUGGCAGGAUCGAUCACGCCCACCAUUACAACAACGCGUACCGAGCCCUCGACGAGACCCUAUCCCUCGAAGAGGCCGUCAGGGCCGUCCUCGACGAGGUCGACCUCUCGGAAACGCUGCUGGUUGUCACCGCCGAUCACUCCCACGUCCUGACUUUGGGUGGUCUGGCCACUCAUCGAGGAAAUCCCAUUCUGGGUUCGGACAGUAAAGUAUCGGACGUGGAUGGAAAACCCUACACGACGUUAUUGUACAGCAAUGGUCCCGGCUACACAGAGCCUAGGUCCAUCGUCCGGGAAGCAGGAAAGGACUCCAUUCAGACCGCAGGUGUACCGAGAGCUUGGGCGACCCACGGCGGAGAAGACGUGCCGGUUUUUGCGACCGGGCCAUUGUCGACUGUCCUGUUUUCCGGAAGCGUCGACCAGAGCUAUAUUCCACACGCGAUUUCCUACGCAGCCUGUUUGGCUCAUCAUGCCAGUCGUUGCUCCAGAGAGGCUGCAAUGAAUGACACGAUCACGACCAUAAGCUGUCCAUCCGCGGAACCGAACAGUGCCGCUAUCUCCAGCGACGUGAUGAACGAUCAAGCGAGGAAUCCGCCGACCAAGUCGGCCGCAGCUUUCGUUAUUGGAAAGCUUCAUCUACUUUUACUUACUGCCUUAGUCGCUCCUGCGUUGACGUUGCGUUUCCCGCAGAGGAGUUAGUAUUGGCCCACUGUAAUGAUGUCCUGGGAGCACAUAUUGCGAAGAUUUACGAACGGUCCGAGGAUAGAAUAGAGCGAUCGAGAAUCAAGCUGUGUGUAAGAACAAAUGAGGAAACAAAUGGAAAGUUCAUACACUUUUAUUUUUUACUACCUAAGAAGAAUGAUUGAAUCCAGAUUUUUCUUGUACUUUCAAUUAUUUUACCAAUUGUUUAUUAUUUGAUCCCUUUAUUUCGCUAUCAAAGAUUGCAGUAUUUUACGAAAUAAAUGACUUCUGCUGUGAGUGAUAUUCUGGGUGCGUGGUUCGUGAAACGUUUCUGAACAAUUUUGAAGUCGAUAGUGAUCGAUAGAACAACGUAUAGUAUAAGCAAGAAACCAUACAUGGACAAUGAACUCAAUGCCAUCAUGGCAUCAAAACGCGAAUACACGUUGGACGUUUCUCCUCGACAUUUUGGUGUAUUAGAGGAGGUAAUUUUCAUCGCUUCGCAAGUGGCAAUUGUACAGUUUAUGAGAUAAGACAGUAGCCGUCCCAAAGCCGACUGCUGGAAUUUGUACAAAAUACUUAUACUUAAGUUUCAUGCGUAUUGAGGGUGAAUUCCCGAAGUAGUCAUUUUACAAUGCCCCUGAUAAGAUUUCGACGAGUCCCGAAAGCUGAUUUGCUGUACGAAUAAUGACCUGAAAAACGUACUAGGAGAACGAUAUGAGUAUAAUAAAAGAAGAAGUAUAUUUACAACUCGCGAGGGAAACGAUUCAACAAAUUACACACACCGAUCGGGACUAGUAUUGAACCAUUACUAGAAUUAUUUGGAAAUAUUUAUCGACAUUCACGUAAAAAAAAAAGGAUAAUUGAACAGCGACAUCCAUAUUGGUCUUGGGCAUAUUGUAAUUGUUUAAGCAAUUCAUUUAUACUGCAAUCUCAUACAACGCUACAAGACUAACGAGAUUUGAAACUGGAUUUGAAUAUGCAUUUUCACAUAAUCGAAUGUAUCGAAUUAAAAUAAUGGUACAGGCAAACGGAAUGAUAUGUAUGACAUUACACAUACUGAAUUAAUAACGAAGUUGCGAAACGAUUUACUUGUUAUAAAAAAAUACCGAAUUCGCAAGGCUUAUCUUUUUAGUAACCUUAUCAACAAUUACUUAGCACUUUACUUAAAAAUACGCUUUACGUACAUACUUGCAAGAAAUGUUCAAUAUUCCAGUACUCAAACUCGGUUUCAAUAUUCCAAUAAGAAUAUGUGAAAGUAUGCCCAAAAAUAAAUAACUCACCGUUCCACAUAACAUAUGGCGAGCCGAGAAUGAUGAACUAAAAAUAGAAAUGUAUAAACAAUUUUCACGGUAAUGAAAAUCAGUGAAUGGUACUCUGAAAUGCAGGGUAAGAGGACGCAUACUACCAAGGGAUAUAACGUAAAGAAAAAGAUAACUGAAAAAAUAAGUGCAAGAAUGUAAAGGAAUUUACAGGAAAGCUUCGUGAAGUUCUAGGAUCAUCAACGACAGAAUUUAAAACGACUCGCGAAACGAAUUAUCUCAUCGCCGACAGCUCUUUCGGACUUAUCCGAAAAUUGUACAGUGUGCACAUUGAGAUUCCAGAUUAGUGAACUUUUCAAAGCGUUUGAUGCUUAGACGUGGUGCGGCGGUAAUGUGUUAUAGUAUUAAAGUAAAUCCUCACCCUCGUCGAGAGUUAUCAAUAGACCCCGGGGCCAAUAUCACUAGGUGAACAACAGCGUUUGUUUUUCCGAAAACUCGGAAUGAAACAAUCUAAUCGGAACAGCUCUCCAUUUGGCGAAAACUGUGUCAUUAUCAAGUUGACGUUUCCACGGAUCAAUUUUUGCAAAGAAGAUGCGCUUAUUACGUAGAACCUUAAUUCGCCCAUCAGUCGCUACGGUGGAAAUGCAAUUGUCUUAAUGAGGCUCAUUGAAUGAGUAUCAUUGAAUGUAAAAUAUAACGAAAAGAUAUUUGCACAGACACAAAAGGUGGCUUGAAUGUUCAAUAAUUUGCAAGGUCUGCUGCUAUUUCGCAAAAUGUAUUUAACGUAUAGUUUAUUUUGGGACGAGAUGGAGUGAAUGUCAAGUGGGUUAAACUCAAAUUGAUGGUAGAUUUUGUUGAAUUUAAGACUGGAUUUUAUACAAUGUAGGUGUGUGUCACUAUAAGAAAUUUAUAAUUCUAUAUAAAUAAAUUUCAGUUUAUAAUGCAUAAAGUUACGAUAUACGUAUGCGAACAAUCUUUAUGAAUAUCAUUUUGGACAGGAAACGUGAAAGUUUUGCACAAUUCUUUUUCUGUUUGCUACGUUUUUUACACUUCCAAUUUUGGGACAAAGAAGGAUUGUGGAGGUUAGUAAUUAAGUAUGAUAAUAAUUCGGUAACAACGCCAUAGUUGAUGUUCUGCGUCAAUAUUCGAGAAGGGUAGACAGCGUUAUUUAUUUACAUCAAUAGUCAUUGUUGAAUUCUAUUUAUAUCAAUAGCAACGGCUCAAUUACUAACGAUGGAAGUAAGUAUAGUACGUAAAUAUUACCGUCAUGAUUAAUAAUUGAGCCUGGCAUGUUUAGGAUAUUAAUCAAUUUAUUAGACCGGCCGCAAACAUCUAGUGUUUUUUCAUGGGGAAGUCGAAUUUGGUGCCGAAAAACCCUAGUGUUUGCGGCUGCCCCUAAUGUCGUCCAUCUCUGACUCGAAGUGGCAUUUGAGAUAUAACGUUUUCAACAUGUUUUAUCCGUUGGUGAUAUUUUAAACAAUACGAUCAUUUUAUCAGUGGAAUACACUAAUCGUGUACCUGCGGCGAGUGUUGGUGAUCUGGGAAUUUUAGAAAUGUUAUGACACGAACUCAGCGAUCUGUAUUUCUGUAAAUAUCAUAAGCACGAAUUACUACAAAUGAAAAAUAUUAUAGAUA